AUGGCGAAUCUAAUCGUCAAAGCUGGAUUCCCGCCAGGGGUUGUCAACAUCUUGAAUGGUCUGGGUCGCGAGACCGGCGCGGCUAUUGUGGAACACCCGGACAUCGAUAAAAUUGCUUUUACUGGAAGUACGUUAACAGGGAAAGCGAUCAUGAAGUCUGCGGCAGGCUCUAUGAAGAACAUCACCCUCGAGACGGGCGGUAAAUCACCGCUGAUUGUCUUCGAUGACGCCGACCUGAAGAAUGCCGUGAAGUGGACGCAUUUUGGAAUCAUGGCUAACAUGGGACAAAUCUGCACCGCCACCUCUCGAGUAUUCGUCCACGAAAAGAUCUAUGACGACUUCGUCAAGCUUUUCAUUGCGUACACCGACAAAAUCUCGAUCGUUGGGGAUCCAUUUGAUCAAAAGACCUGGCACGGACCACAAGUAUCCAAAGCCCAAUACGACAAAAUUCUGUCCUAUGUGCAGAGUGCAAAGGACGAAGGAGCGCUGAUCCUCAAGGGCGGACAAGCGGCAUCUAAUCGACCAAAUGGAAAGGGUUUCUACAUCGAACCCACCAUUGUUAGCCGAGUUAAUCCGUCCAUGCGAGUUUACAAAGAGGAGAUCUUUGGCCCUUUUGUAACUUUCACCAAGUUCAACUCACAAGAGGAAGUUAUCAAACUCGCAAAUGACACUGAAUAUGGACUCGGCAGUGCGGUUUUCACCAAUGAUAUAACCAGAGCUAUUCGAGUGGCAGGAGACCUACGGACGGGCAUGGUAUGGAUCAAUUCAAGUAACAACUCUGAUCUGCGUGUACCCUUUGGGGGUGUCAAGCAGUCUGGAAUUGGUCGUGAAUUAGGCCAGGCAGGCUUAGAAGCCUACUCUGUGUUGAAGGCAGUACAUCUAAAUUUAGUAUUCGCGAACCCGGAUAUAUAG